CGUUUCUUUUCUUUCAUCUCAAUUAGUUGGAGAGGUUUCAGAACUGUGUGUUUCCGGGUGAAAUCUCGGCCCCGAAGUUUCAUGCCGAAGAUAGGGGAAGCAAAGCCGGCUGAGUACUAGGCGACUGCAAGAACAGUGUAGGCUACGCAGGGAGGGGUAGAGACCGAACGGGAGGGAUAGAAGAAAAAAGCGAACAGCACCCGAACUGUGCGUGGUUCACCUUCUGAAAAACAGGAAGCCAACGCCGAUCAGCCCACCUGGCCGCAUUGUCCUGCGAGGAGAAGACAGAGGACGGUCGAUAUUCUCCUAUUCCCAACAGGAGUGUAACUCAAGAUGCAGUGUCCCUCCACCUCCCCAGACGCCACUAGCAUGGAGGAGAGCCACAGGGAAUAAGAGCCUCCAGGAGACCGCAGGUCCUUAUGGUUGAGCUGGGUGUUGGUCCCUGCGAUGCCUCCCGCCAUGACAGACGACCUGGACUUGUGGGCGGCCCACUCCCAGCUGUGUGGAGAGGACCUGGUCACUGUGGACUUCCUGUUACCCACCGGCAUCUACAUCCAGAUGGACGUCCCCAGAGAGGCCACCAUACAACACAUCAAACUGCUCCUAUGGAAGCAGGCCCAGUCAUACCCCCUGUUUCCGUCUCUGGGGGAGAUGGAGGGCCACAUGUUUGAGUGUGUGAACCAGGCAGCGGUGCACGAGGAGCUGGAGGAUGAGACCAGGCGCCUCUGUGAUGUUAGGCCCUUCUGUCCCAUGCUCAAACUGGUCACACGCAACUGUGGCCGCGCGGAACGCUUGCUCGACUCCAAGAUCGGUGUGCUCAUCGGAAAAGGUCUCCACGAGCUGGAUGCUCUGCAGGACCAGGAGGUGAAGGACUUCCGCAGUAAGAUGUUCCGUAUCAGCGAGGAGAAGAUGCAGCAGGUACAGCUGAUGACCUGGAGCGAGUGGCUGCAGGCCUGCUUCUCUCCGCAGCUGGAGCCUGGGGGAGGAGCCACACCCGUCACAGACGGUGUCAACGACAAACAGGCCGAGGCCAGCCUCAAAGUCACCAUGCACUUCGACCAGUCCCAGGACACAGCCAGUCUGAAGGUGUGGCCCAGCACCAGUCCCAGUGAGCUGAUGGAACAGGCGUUGAGGAAAUGGCUAACGACCCACGGCCCCGAGGAGGAGGGACGCCAGGCCGAGCAGUAUGUUCUGAGGGUCAGCGAUAAGCUGGAGUUCCUCUGUGGAGACCACCCCCUCAUACAGUACAAGUACAUCAAAGCUUGUCUCCAGGCUAAGGAGUGUCCCCACCUGACCCUGGUCCAGGUCAGCACAGUCCAGGCCAUGUUCGAGAAGGAGAUCUCGGCCAUCGGAGCUGUAGUCAACCGAAAGAGCUCCAACCCCCCCUUACCCCUGCCCCCCAAGAGGAGGGGACCCUCGCAAGUGAAUACGUGUGUAUGGGAGGUGUCCACCCCGUUUAAGAUCGUCCUAAUCAAAGGCAGCAAGGUGAACGCUGAGGAGACCGCCAAGGUCCAGGUGCGUGCAGGCUUGUUCCACGGCACAGAGUUGUUAUGCAAGCCGGCGGUGAGCAGCGAGAGCAGUGGACGCUCGGAACACGUGUGGAACCUCACGCUGGAGUUCGACAUCACUGUGAGCGACCUGCCGCGCAUGGCCCGCCUCUGCUUCGCCGUCUACGCCGUCAUGGACAAGGUCAAGAAGCAGAAGUCCACCAAGAACGCCCACAUAAACAAGUACCAGACCAUCCGCAAAGCUGGCAAAGUGCACUACCCUGUAGCCUGGGUGAACACCAUGGUGUUUGACUAUAAAGGACAGCUGAAGACUGGAGAUAUCAUCCUUCACAGCUGGUCUUCCUUUCCUGAUGAACUUGAAGAGAUGCUGAACCCCAUAGGAACCAUCCAGACCAACCCGUACACUGAGAAUUGUACAGCACUCCACAUCCACCUCCCUGACUACAACCCUCACCCCAUCCUAUUCCCCCCCUUCGACAAGAUUCUGGAGAAAGCUGCAGAAAUCGCUGGAUCAAGCGAUUGCUCGACCAUGGGCCGAGGCGGUAAGAAGUUCCUCAUUGAGCUGAAGGAGAUCAUGGAGAGGGACCCUCUGUCCCAGCUGUGUGAGAACGAGAAGGACCUCAUCUGGACACUACGCUACGACUGCAUGGAGAACUUCCCCCAGUCACUGCCCAAACUGCUGCUCUCCGUCAAGUGGAGCAAACAUGAGGACAUGGCCCAGCUCCAGGCCUUGCUGCAGAUCUGGCCCAAGCUGAGUCCCAGGGACGCUCUGGAGCUGCUCGACUUUAACUAUCCAGACCAGUAUGUCAGAGAGUAUGCUGUGGGCUGCCUGAGGGAUAUGAGUGAUGAGGAGUUGUCUCAGUACCUGCUCCAGCUGGUCCAGGUGUUACGUUAUGAACCCUACUAUGACUGUGCGCUCACUCGAUUCCUGCUGAACAGAGCUCAGUGCAACCGCAACAUAGGACACUUCCUCUUCUGGCAUCUCAGGUCAGAGAUGCACAUGCCAGCCGUCUCUGUCCAGUUCUCUCUCAUCCUCGAGGCCUACUGUCGCGGCAGCAUCCCUCACAUUGAGGUCCUGAAGAAACAGGUGGAGGCUCUGAGCAAGCUGAAGUCUGUGAACGAGCUGAUCAAGCUGGGCACCAUCAAGAACGCACGCAGUAAGACCAAGGAGGCCAUGCUCACCAAAGAGGCCAUGAUGACUUGUCUGAGACAGAGUGGCUACACAGAGACCCUCUCUGACCUGCACUCCCCUCUCAACCCCAGUGUCCUGCUCUCUGGAAUCAAUGUGGAGAAGUGUCGAUACAUGGACUCGAAGAUGAAGCCUCUGUGGAUCGUCUACAACAACAAGCUGCUGGGGGGAGACACCCUGGGAAUCAUCUUCAAGAAUGGAGACGACCUGAGACAAGACAUGUUGACACUGCAGAUCUUGAGGUUGAUGGACCUGCUAUGGAAGGAGGCCAAUCUGGACCUCAGAAUUGUACCUUACGGUUGCCUAGCAACUGGGGACCGGUCAGGGCUGAUCGAGGUGGUGUCGUCGGCGGAUACCAUCGCCAACAUCCAGCUGACCAGCAGCAACGUGGCGGCCGCUGCAGCCUUCAACAAGGAUGCGCUACUUAACUGGCUCAAAGAGAAGAACUCUGGAGAUGCUCUGGAGAAGGUGAUCGAGGAGUUCACCCUGUCAUGUGCAGGCUACUGCGUGGCCACCUACGUCCUGGGGAUAGGUGACCGCCACAGUGACAACAUCAUGGUCCGUAGCACUGGACAGCUCUUCCACAUAGACUUUGGGCAUAUCCUGGGGAACUUCAAGUCCAAGUUUGGCAUCAAGAGGGAACGCGUCCCCUUCAUCCUGACCCAUGACUUCAUCCACGUCAUCCAACAGGGAAAGACGGGCAACACUGAGAAGUUUGGCAGUUUCCGUAAUUACUGUGAACAAGCCUACCUGAUUCUGAGGCGGAAUGGGAACCUCUUCAUCACCCUGUUUGCCCUCAUGCUGACUGCUGGACUGCCUGAGCUCACCUCCGUCAAGGAUAUACAGUACCUAAAGGACUCUCUGGCCCUGGGGAAGACCGACGACGAGGCACUGAAACAGUUCCGCCAAAAGUUUGACGAGGCGCUGAGAGAGAGCUGGACCACCAAAGUCAACUGGAUGGCCCACAACGUGGUCAAAGACAACCGCUCCUAGAACAGACAGUCGCACAUCCUGGAGCUGGAAGGUGAAAUGUUAAAGGUCAGGAGGGUCUGAGGUCUAUCCAGUGCUGGGACAACAGUGACAGUGGGGGGGUAGGUGUUGCUAAGGGGUGAAGACCAGACAGGACUGGGCUGCAAAGAAGGGAAUCUAGAAGGCUAUCUUAAACACACAUGCUCUUACAGGCUUAAAUCCCCCUCCCUUUGCAUUUCCUCUGGCUUUUGAAGCUGCUGUGUGCCUCCAGCCAGUCCAGCAGUCCCAUUGCCUCUCCCUGAUCAUGUGACAUAUUUGUGGGUAAUGUGGUUGCGAGUAUUGCACUGCUCAGUGAGAGUCAGAGCCCCCCCCCCCCCUCUGAGUUGUGAAUGGACUGCCCCCUUGGAGCCUGGACUAGACUGAACCAAUGAGGAAGGAAGGGGUUUCACCCACCUAUUAGCAAGACUUCUGAUCUGCCUUGUGUUGAACUAAAGGGAGAGGUCAGGGUUGACCCACUCAAGGCCUCACACCCGUGUCUUAAAACGAGGCCAAAACGUGCACAUAGCCAGAGGAAGUGCAUCUUAUUGGACUUUUCCUCGCAAGGCCUCCAGUUCAUCUCGAAAGUGUGCCUAAAAACUGCGAGAAGAUUGUAUUUGUUUCGUUUUUUUAAAUGUUUUUUUUAAAUUUCCAUUUUAAGAUGUUAUUAAGAUGCUAUAGGACAUGUAUAUGUGCCAGACUACUUUUUAUUUAUGUGUGUGUGUGUGUGUGUGUGUGUGUGUGUGUGUGUGUACACAGAGAGAGACACGCUGCAUGGCCAAAUUUUUCUGGAUGUCUCUAGCUAAACAACAACUUUCCCCUCCUAGUAGCUAGCUAUUUCCCUCACUAAUGUUAGCACAACUUUGGAAAAGCAGUGCUCAGCAAGCUGGGGCAAAGGACACUGUGUCCCGGUGUUGGGAAGAUUUGCCGUGCAUGCUCUCCACACUGAAUAGACUAUCCCAGUGAUAUCCAGAUGGUUACCAAUAUUAUAGUAUUUCUCAUGAAGGCUGUUGUCCUACUUGGAGUCAAAACAAACUGUAGGAAAACAUUUGAGUUAGUUAACAUUGGAGUUAACAUUGAUUAGGUGGUUUAGCUCUAGAGGAGAGGUGUCCAGUGGGGGCAGUUCAAUUCGGUUACGCAACUUCAGCCAUUGAGAAAUGGGGUGAAUUGGAACCAUUUGAAAUACAAGGAAGAGAGAGCUUAACAUUUUUCUACAACUUCAUUUUGUGUUCCUGCUUUGGAAUGUGGAUGUAACAUUCCUAUGUUCCAUUUAAUCAAGUUAUGGUUGUUGUUGGACAAACAGAACAGGCACAAUGGGUGAGUCAUCACCACACUACCCCAUGGAGGCAUUAUCGCGGCCCCGUGGAGGCAUUAUCGCGGCCCCGUGGAGGCAUUAUCGCGGCCCCGUGGAGGCAUUAUCACGGCCCCAUGGAGAUUCGGUCUUAGACAUAGACUUGCCUACGGAUAUCAGAUCUAGUCUUUCAAAGCACCAAGCUGCUCACAUGACAAUAACCACAAUGAAUAAACGAAGCAUGUUACUAAAAUGCCUUUUAGGACCAAAACAAAGAAAACCUUCAGUUGAUUUAGGUUUGUUUUGACUGUGUUUUAAAGAAUCUGUUCAGAAAUGGAAUGUUUGUGUGCAAAAUGUGUCGCUUUCUUUUUCAGUGUAUUUGUUUUUUAGAUCAGCCAAAUUGGGCGGAGUUUAAGACCUAUAGAAGGGGUUUGCCAGCAGAGGGCGUAACACUGCGAUUCAAAGCUACUUCCUGGUUUUGUCAUGAGGUGCUCUCUGUUUUGAUUUUGUGCAAUAUCCGUAUAGGAGUCUACAUGUAUAUGAUGUAAAUGAACCCUUGGGCCCUAAUGCCUGAGGCUAUAAUGGUUGUCACUGUGGGUUCAUGUGUAUUGCUGCUGUAUUUCUCACCUCCAGCCUUCUUAAGUCUCUGACACUGAAUAUGGUCAAAGGCUUUUAUGCUUUCACUGUUUUCAUAUGAGUUUUAUUAAAGUUAUUUUCCAUCUAACUGUU